AUGGGAAUGGGAAGAGGGGGUGGUGGUAUGGGAAUUGGAAGAGGGCCUUAUGGUUUUCUUGGGGGUAUGGGAAGAGGGGGUGGUGAUGAUGUAAGUGUAGGUCUAGGUCUAGGUCCUCCUGGGUUUGAGAACGCUCCUCACGAUGCUGCUGCUCGAGCACCGAUCGCCUUUGAUGCAUUUGCAAGUGGAAAGAAUUCAGGAGGAUCAGGAGGAUCAGGAGGUUCAGGAGGUUCAGGUGGAAAGUACAUUGCUGGUGGGGGUUACUCAGCAGGGGAUUCUGGUUCGUUCCACUAUAACAUUGGUGGUGGGGGUGGCGGUGUUUCAGCUGCUGUUUCGAACGGUCUCUCGACUGCUGCGGCACCUGUUCAGGUCGAGGAAGGUCCUGUUGGGAAGGUUGGAAUGGUGGCAGCUUCGUGUGUGAAGCUAGCUAAUCAACUUUCGUCUGAGGAGAUGCUAGACUCUACAACUGGAUCUUCAAAGAAAUCAGACGCCGCAGCCGUUCCACCGCAGCCGCCGUUCCACCAGAAAGUUGAGCCAGUGACAAAUGUUGAGCAAGUGACAAUUGUAGAUAAAGGAAAAGAGAAAGAAAAAGAGAACGAGCCAACAAUUACUCCCGGGACUGGGCCCAAGAGAGUGACUAAGCCUGCGUUGUCUUCUGCUGUGUAUGAGUUGUCUACGAAUCCACAGAGAAUUACAGCGUUUGCAAACCGUGUCCUUGUAUUCAUCCGAUCUUGGCGGUCAUCAAGGAACAUCCCCACCUGGUAUGAAUAUUUAAAUAAAUCGUUUACGUUUAUUUAUAUUUUUUGA